AAAACAGGCCGAAUCAGAAUGAAAAAAUAUCUCGAAUAUCAAGAAGUUUGACAAUCGAUAAAAGUCACUUGACCGUUGUCUUUACCGUCUAUUGUCAAAAACGUGGCUACAGUAAAGCGGCUUUAGCUCCUAUGGCAUAUCAAGUGUAUGACUUGGUGCAUCCUCAGUUUGAAAUUUCAAGUGAUUUCGUAUCAACUUUUUGAGCACCUUCAUCACGUGUCCGCUGUGCAAGUUUGCGUUUUGUCGAUGUUUUCAACUCGUGAAUUUUUGAGAGGCGCAGAAUUUUAAUUGUGGUCAUUCUUUCAUGUUUCCAUACAAUGAGCAAAGCGGGAAGCGUUUGAAGCACAAGCAAUAUAGCAAUUGCAAAUUCAAGUCUGUGCUCGUGCUACUAUCACAUUUUUCGAACGCGAAAAUGGAAGGUCAAGGCAAGAUUUGAAGUUUAUGAUCGAAUAGCACUCACUACAAACGCUCGGGUGAUCUACUGUGGUUGGUUGGUAUCGGUGACAAACAGGUCUCAGGUUUAUACGACGACAAAUCAAUGAAAAAUGGCAAGAGAUUAAACCAUACAAGUCAUAGAAAACAUCAGAGCUGGAAAGAAAAAGCAAUAAAUAUAAUAAGUGUGAUUUUAUGCCCCACAAACAACACAUGGGAAGUGAUUUUGAAUCACUAUGCCGUUGUAGUGUCGAGAAAACGAAUCGCUAUUCCGUGCAAAACUACUAAUUUUCUUUGGCAAUCUCGUGAUCGAGAUCAAAACUUUCUUGAAGCAGCGUUGCUGGCUGGUCCUGUGUGUGAGUCGUGGGUGAAUAUUAUCGUCAACCAACAAGUUAGUGAAAGUUGACUAGGACAAUGCCAGUAGGGUGAGUUCGGCUACAAAGCAUAAAAUUAUCACGGAGGCACAUUAUGAAGGCUAGAGGUGAGUUUUUGACCUAUUCUGGUCGCUAUUUUGCUGUAAGUCUCCGAGUCAUCAGACCCAGACUGCUCAAAAUGUUAUUAGAGAGGCAAAUCAGGAUUCGCUUGCAUCUUCAUCUUCAUAUCGUCAUCGUCGGAUUGAUUAUCGCGAGCACGAUUACAAGUUUUCGUUAAACAAGUUCAGGAUUAAUGGUGUUCGGAUGCUUGGUUGACAUAUUCUGAGGACUCAAGCGCGACUCAGCUAGCGCUCGUUGCUGUAUCAUUAUGCUACUUUCCGUCCACAUGUUCUGUAUUGCUAUCAUGUUGAGUUUACGAGGCACCAGCCGAGCUUUUUCUGUGAGCUGCUGUUCAGCACAUACUGUCCUCUUUCCAUCCUCUCUGCUUGUUAAAUCCUAAAUUUUGCGCCGUAGCGUCAACUGUCAAUAACACUUUUUUGCUUGAUGUGGUUCUGUUCUUUUUGAUUAUACAGUGUCAUUGGCAUUUGAGAUAGCUUGGCAUUCCUUUUUG